UCCUCACUCUUCACACACACUCACACACACCCACGACAGACACGCACGCACCCAAGCGCCGGAGGGAAAGCCGCGUCUCGCCGUUCCGCCCUGCCGCCGGUCCUGUCUCAGUCCCUCAGCAGAGCGGGAAAGCGGAGGCCGGAGCCGUGACCCCUGACCCCGUGGUUAUGCGGGGCCGCCGCAUUCCUUAGCGAUCGCGGGGCUGCUGCUGCCGCCGCCGCCGCCGUGGGCGACUGACGCAGCGCGGGCGCGUGGAUCCACUGCCCCUCCCCCACCGCCGCCCUCGCGCCGGGUCUCGCACCAGCUGGUCCCGCGCGCCCGCCCCUUCUCCGACCGCACCCGAGUCCUCGUGUGCGCCGCCGCCACGCGCCCCCCGUUGCCGCCGCCGCCCCAGCCCCGCGCCGCCGCCGCCCCAGCCCGUUCCGCCCGGAGGUCCCGCGUGGAGCCGCCGCCGCGGAGGAGAAUGAAGGACAAACAGAAGAGGAAGAAGGAACGCACGUGGGCCGAGGCCGCGCGCCUGGUAUUAGAAAACUACUCAGAUGCUCCAAUGACACCAAAACAGAUUCUACAGGUCAUAGAGACAGAAGGACUAAAGGAAAUGAGAAGUGGGACAUCCCCUCUUGCGUGCCUCAAUGCCAUGCUACAUUCCAAUUCAAGAGGAGGAGAAGGGCUGUUUUAUAAAUUACCUGGUCGAAUCAGCCUUUUUACACUCAAGAAGGAUGCCCUGCAGUGGUCUCGAAAUACAGCUGCAAUGGAAGGAGAGGAGCCAGAGGACUCAGCUGAUGUAGAGAGCUGUGGAUCUAAUGAAGCCAGCACUGUGAGUGGUGAAAAUGAUGUAUCUCUUGAUGAAACAUCUUCAAAUGCAUCCUGUUCUACAGAAUCUCAGAAUAGACCUCUUUCCAGUCCCAGGGACAACUAUAGAGCUUCCUCUCAGGCAAACAAACAAAAGAAAAAGACUGGGGUGAUGUUGCCUCGAGUUGUUCUGACUCCUCUGAAGGUAAAUGGGGCCCACAUGGAAUCUGCAGCAGGGUUCUCAGGCCGCCACGCCGAUGGCGAGAGCGGCAGCCCAUCCAGCAGCAGCAGCGGCUCUUUGGCCUUGGGCAGCGCUGCUAUUCGUGGCCAGGCCGAGGUCACCCGGGACCCUGCCCCGCUCCUGAAAGGCUUCCGGAAGCCGGCCACAGGUCAAAUGAAGCGCAAUAGAGGAGAAGAGAUAGAUUUUGAGACUCCUGGGUCUAUUCUUGUCAACACCAACCUCCGUGCCCUGAUAAACUCUCGGACCUUCCAUGCCUUGCCAUCACACUUCCAGCAGCAGCUCCUCUUCCUUCUUCCUGAAGUAGACAGACAGGUGGGAACAGAUGGCCUGUUGCGUCUCAGCAGUAGUGCACUUAAUAAUGAGUUUUUCACCCAUGCAGCUCAGAGCUGGAGGGAACGCCUGGCUGAUGGUGAAUUCACCCAUGAGAUGCAAGUCAGGAUUCGACAGGAAAUGGAGAAGGAGAAGAAGGUAGAACAGUGGAAAGAAAAGUUCUUUGAAGACUAUUAUGGACAGAGAUUGGGUUUGACUAAAGAAGAAUCAUUGCAGCAGAAUGUGAGCCAGGAGGUGACUGAAGUCAUGAGUGGGUUGCAUGUCCCAGGAGAAUCAGCACAGCCACAGCAUGGUCCAGCAGCCCGCCAACGAGAUGGGCAUUUUAAGAAACGAUCUCGGCCAGAUCUCCAAACCAGAGGCAGAAGGAGUCUGUGCAAAAAACAGGAGCCAGAACAAGCAGGGGUUGCUAAGGAGGCAAACUCUGUGGCACCAGACAUUCUACUCUCUGAGGAUGGGGAGGCUAAAACUGGCUCGGCCAGGGUGAGCAGUCCCCCCCUGCCAAGCGUAUCCUCUGCAGCAUCCGGCCAAGGGGUUCCUGAAUGCCCUGGUGAACUUGUGGCUUCCCACAUCCAGACAGAGGCGGAUAACUUGGCACAUGCCUCUGCAUCUCCAGACAGAAUUCCCUGCUUGUCUCAGGAUACUGUGGAUCAGGAACCCAAGGAUCAGAAAAGGAAAUCCUUUGAGCAGGCAGCCUCUGCAUCCUUUCCCGAAAAGAAGCCCCGGCUUGAAGACCGUCAGUCCUUUCGUAACACAAUUGAAAGUGUUCACACCGAAAAGCCACAGCCCACUAAAGAGGAGCCCAAAGUCCCACCCAUCCGGAUUCAACUUUCACGUAUCAAACCACCCUGGGUGGUUAAAGGUCAGCCCACUUACCAGAUAUGCCCCCGGAUCAUCCCCAUCACGGAGUCCUCCUGCCGGGGCUGGACUGGUGCCAGAACCCUUGCAGACAUUAAAGCCCGUGCUUUGCAGGCCCGAGGGACAAGAGGCCACCACUGUCAUCGAGAGACGGCCACCACUGCCAUCGGAGGGGGGGGUGGCCCGGGUGGAGGUGGCAGCGGGGCCACCGAUGAGGGAGGUGGCAGAGGCGGCAGCAGUAGUGAUGGUGGUGAGGCCUGUGGUCACUCUGAGCCCAGGGGAGCCUCGAGCACCCCCAGAGAGUGUACGUCAGAUCUACAGCGAACACAACUACUGCCGCCUUGUCCUCUAAAUGAGGAGCACACACAGGCUGGAACUGCCAUGUCUAGGGCCAAAAGAGAAGAAUUGGCUUCUCACAGAAAGGAGGAAAACUGCCCACUGCAGAGGGUUCCAGGUAUACUCACAAGUGGCCUGGAUGAUGCCUCCCAGCCCCCCAUUGCUCCCACUGGGGACCAGCCUUGCCAGGCUUUACCAUUACUGUCUUCCCAAACCCCAGUGGCUGAGAAGUUAGCAGAGCAGCCUGAGUUGUAUCAAGAUACUAGAACUCAGUGUGAAUCUGGCACCACUUCCUGGGAAGUGGGCAAUGAAGAACAAGGAGCCACUGUUCCUUUAGAAAAUGGUCCUGUACAGUCUCUAUUGCUAGAUACAUUAGCAAAAGGAACUGACCAGACUCUCAACAGUAAUCCUACCAUGAAGGAUCCUAUAAAUGUGACCCCAAGUUCCACACCUGAAUUAUCACUGACUGCCUUCCUACAGGACAGACCAUUUGAUGACAAAUUAGGACUUGGUGACUCAGGCCUACCCAUGAGGGAAAGUUACAGUAGACAAGAAAGCUUGAGAACUGAGGCUCUUUCUUCCAAUAAUGCUGCUCUUUGGACUCCCAUCCUGUUGAAUGACAGGGUAGUGAACCAGUCUGAGCCAGAAUCUAGAGAAAACUUUCCAUCUGUGGAGCCCCAGGUUGGAGAAGAGUGGGAGAAAGCAGCUCCCCUCAUUGCCUUGUUGUCUGGGAGCUUGGCAGCUGAGGAGGGUGUGGCUCCCCCUGACAAGUGUACUUCACUCUGGACUUUGCCACCGCAAGGAGGCAUAGGUGACAGGGACACCGAGGACAAGCAAGUAGACAUUGAAAAGCUGAAAAUCAAUGAAGACUCUGAAGCACUGAGUCCUCAUAGCGAAUCCACAGAUACUGUGUCUGACUUUGAAGGCCACCUGACUGAGGACAGCAGUGAGCCUGCAGCUAGUGAAGCCACAAUGAAGAAGGAAUCAUUGAUGGAAAAGGAUACCAAGCAUGAUUGGAACCAGUCUGCCUCACUGUCCAAGGUACACAGUGACUUGAGUCUGGUUACAAGGACAGAGGGGGUGGUUACUUCUCAGAGCUGGGUUUCUCGAGUAUGUGCGGUCCCCCAGAAGAUCCCAGACUCCCUCUUGCUGGCCAGUAGUGAGUACCAGCCAAGACCCAUGUGGUUGGCCAGGCCUGUGUCUGCAGUGGAGGCCAACAACCCACUUGUGAUGCAAUUGCUACAGGGUAACUUGCCCCUAGAGAAGGUUCUUCCUCCAGCGCAUGGUGGCAGCAAGCCAGAAUCCCCACAACUGCCACUUACAAAAGGACAGAGCCAUGGUGGUCCCCUGGGCAUAGGAUCCUUGCAUAAUCCUGGGGAAAACAGUCACACAAUUGGCAAAAUCAGCCCUGGUUCUUUAAGAGUGUUGAAGGGUCCUCUUCAGUCUGAGAGUUGUGAAGCAAACAGUCUUGGCAGGGUAGAGGCCACCCAGACUCCUGGAGCACCCCAGAUUUCCAAGUUGGUUCCAAGUCUAGACUCCCCACAGCCAGUGACAAAUCUGAUGACCUGUUCUGGGAAACUGGAAGAAGUGGAUUCCAAAGAGCAGCUGUCUUCCUUUAAUUUUGAAGAUAAGGGUGUCCAGGAUGCAUCCCGGUGCAGUAAUUCACAUGCUGCUUCAAGUCCAGGAGAUCUCACUACCUCGAGAGCACCUUGUUUCUCAUCUCCAAAUGUGAUCUCUUUUGGUCCAAAGCAGCCAGUUGGGGCUCUGAGUAAUGUUGGAGGCCAAGGGAAAAAGCUUUUUGGCCCUAGGAAUAUGGCUGCAACCAUUCAGUGUCCCAGGCCUGCAGACUCAACACCGCUGCCUGCUGAUGUCCCUCCAGUUUUUCCCAGUAGGAAGUUGGGACCGAGCAAAAACUCUUUAUCUGAUGGGGUACAGACUGCAAAGGAAGACUGGGUUCCAAAGCCACCACCUGCCUCUGUUAGCAUCAAGAAUGAAAAAACUUCUGUGGGGGCUCCUCUUAAGGCAGAUGCAGAGAACAGGAAAGCUGCUGGGCACAGUCCUCUGGAGCUGGUGGGUCAUUUACAAGGGAUGCCCUUUGUCAUGGACUUGCCCUUUUGGAAGUUACCCCGAGAGCCAGGGAAAGGUCUCAGUCAGCCUCUGGAGCCUUCUUCCAUCCCCUCCCAGCUUAACAUCAAGCAGGCUUUUUAUGGGAAGCUUUCUAAACUCCAGCUGAGUUCCACCAGCUUUAAUUACUCUUCCAGCUCACCCACCUUUCCCAAAAGCCUUGCUGGAAGUGUGGUGCAGCUGAGCCACAAAGCAAACUUUGGUGCAAGCCACAGUACAUCACUGUCCUUGCAGAUGUUCACUGACAGCAGCACGGUGGAAAGUAUCUCACUUCAGUGUGCAUGCAGCCUGAAAGCCAUGAUCAUGUGCCAAGGCUGUGGUGCAUUCUGUCAUGAUGACUGUAUUGGACCCUCAAAGCUCUGUGUAUUGUGCCUUGUGGUGAGAUAAUAAAUUAUGGCCAUUGGAGAAAUUGUAUAUUUAGUGUGUAUUUUGAUAAUGAUGGAUCUUAAAUCUGUAUACAGAAUAUCAUUGAUAUGAUAGACUCUGUCUCUCUAGGCAAGAGCACUGUUGCCCUCCUCUGCAGUUUACAGUGCUAAAGCCCUCUGUCACUGGUUACCCCUCUGGUCUUCAGGAAGUAUUUCCUGGGUAGCAACCUGUGGGUUCGCCAAGGUUGGCUAGCCUGAGUCCUCUCAGUUGGUAUGGCAGGGGAGCCUGCCGGACACCCAGAGGGACUUGAAACAGAUUAGAGGUUGUGUUCUCUACAAAGAGAACUCACCCACCUGAACUGAGCAGGAAUGUCAGUCUUCCACUGCCCCCUCCCUGCCACCUUCUGAUACUUUGAGUUGAUGGUUGAGGAAGAAGCCACAUAGGGUUAAAUUAAUUCCCGCCAUUGCCCACUAGGGGGAAUCAAGCACCUGCUGACUUCACGGUCACAGUUUAGGCAUUUGGUAGUUUGAUGGUACCAGUUUGACCUUUGGUUCUGUUGGCUGCAUCCAGUUUGGAACAUUCCUAUUUCUGCCAUCCACCAGCCCACAGGAUGUUUUGGAAGCUUGAAUAGCCCUGUUUGGACAAUGGGGUCAGGGAUUGGGUCUCCUAUGAAAAUGCCAUCUGUCAACCUCGUGAGUCAGCUGUAUGGACAUUUGCAGGUGACUCUGCUUGCCACCCCGUAACAUUGGACUCUGGGGGUGGGUGUAUCCAUGCACCUGUGUAUGUGAAAGUCAUUUUACAUUUCCAAACUGUUUCAUAUUUUUUAUAUUUUUAACUAUUCUUGGAUGUAUAAAGUGAACUUUUUGGCUUCUGUAAGUAUGCUCUAUGCACCUCUAAUGUUUUAUCCUGUAUUUAUAUGUUGUAUACAGUACUGGCCAAUUCUGUAAAUGGAUGUAUUGUACAGAGAACAUGAAUGUCUCUUCCUUACUUCACGUCUUUAGCAUCAUUACAUUAAAGUGGUGUCAUUUCUCUAUGUUGAUUGUCAGAGCCACUGAGUGUUGUGCUGCCUGACGUGAGAGGGAACUGACUGACUCAUGAUCUGACAGGUUGGCCUGGCGUUUUGUCACCUUUCACCAGGGGAUCAACCACAGCCUGCAGAGCCACAGUCAGCCCACCUGCACACCACUAAGCAAAUGCAUCUUACAUCUUGCAUCUCUUCUCUUCAGUCUUUAAUGGCUGCUUCCUACACAUGUGACAAAUCACCAUCACCAGUGUUAAUUUCUUCUGGAUUCAUAAGUACUUCCCUGGGCAGCUCCCAGGUAGGUCUUCUGGAUCUGGCUCCAGGGUCCCCACCUGUCAGCAAUACCUGAUACCACUGGGCUCCUUUUGAAUAUUUGGCAGCAGGUUUGGGAAGAAACAAAGCCGUACCUGCUACCUGCCUCUCUUCUAACCCAUUUCCAGCAAGUAGAUGCUCCUGUGUUUGUCUUACCUGUUUCCUGCUAUCUUGAUUUAGUGAAGAGUUGAGAGUCUUCCCUGUUACUUUAGGUCUAUCUUUCUGCGAGUGCUUCUGUAUGAAGUAUAAAGUUUAUAUGCCAUGGGCAAAUCUCAUCUCAUCUGAAACACCCCCCCAUUAAUCUGAGGUGGCAUUUUUGUCAUCUGAAGCAUGAGUGGAAAGUCAGCAAUGCUGUGAUUUAAAUGCAGUAUAGAUGGGGUCUAAAUCGUCAGCUCGAGUCUGUUUACCAAAGACCGGGAGCAGAGGCCCAAACAUGUCCAGUCGUCGUCUUCUUUCUGGGACCUUUGGGGCCACUCAAGGGUAUAGUUUGACACUGGUCUGGUUCAUGGGGCUGCCCAGAGAAAAGCACUGCUCUUGUAUGUCUCUUGUGGUAUCGGAAAAAUAAACUUAUACAACCUGCA